CGCGACGAGCCUUGCUUCAGUUGGGGGGAAAAACAUUCAAGUCGAUAAUAAAGGUUUUCUUGCGGAUCUAUUGCAAUUUCGAUUUUCACUCGCUGCCUUCGUGGGCUCGAAGUACUCGAAAGUUUGUUGAAAAAAUCAUAAAUCUUGACCAUGGCUGAGAAAACAAUGGACGUUAACGAUGUUAGAAUAAAGGCUCUGCAAACAUUCGCCCGAGAAUUCGGCGAAAAUGCAACGCUGUGUGCUUGUGCGCCGGGUCGUGUAAAUCUCAUCGGCGAACACACCGACUAUAACGAAGGUUUCGUACUGCCGAUGGCUCUUCCGAUGGUUACCGUCAUAGCUGGCAAACCAAAUGAUCAUAAAAAAUGUACCAUCAUCUCUGUCAGCGGCGCUAUAGCGACGAGUAAAGCGGAGUUCGACGUUAGCAGCCGAGAAGCGGUGAAACCUGGUGAGCCCAAGUGGGCGAAUUACGUCAAAGGAUGCAUUGCGAACUUUCAUUGUCUUCCGUCAGGAUUCGAUGCGGUCGUUGUUUCAACCGUACCCGUUGGCGCUGGUCUCAGCAGUUCAGCCGCGCUCGAAGUCGCAACGUACACUUUUCUCGAAGCUUUGACAGGGAACAGUUCAACGGACCCUCACGAAAAAGCUUUGGUUUGUCAAAAAGCUGAACACGAAUUCGCCGGUGUUCCGUGUGGUAUAAUGGAUCAGUUUAUAUCCGCAAUGGGCCAACAAGGUCACGCCCUUCUCUUGGACUGUCGCGAUUUGUCUACGGUACAAAUACCCAUGGAAAUAGGGAAUAACGUUGUUUUGAUAACAAACUCGAACGCUCCGCACAAGUUGAGCUCGAGCGCGUAUUGCGAGCGACGGGACGCUUGCUACGAAGCGGCUAAAAAACUCGGGAAGAAAAGUUUAAGAGAAGCAACCAUGAACGACGUGGCAGUACUAAAGGCUCAAAAUGCAUCGGAAAUUAUGAUAAAACGGGCCCGUCACGUUAUCAGUGAAAUCGAAAGAACUCAAUUGGCAGCUGCGGCGCUGCAGGCCAGUGACUUCACGAAAUUCGGUGCUUUGAUGAAUCAAAGUCACGAUUCGCUGCGCGACGAUUACGAAGUGUCUUCGAAAGAGCUCGACGCGUUGGUAUCGACAGCACGAGAAGUCGACGGAGUUCUGGGCAGUCGAUUAACCGGCGCUGGCUUCGGCGGAUGCACCGUAACUUUACUUCGAGAAGAUUCUGUCGACGUUGUCAUCCAACGAAUUAAAGAAAAAUAUCCCGGAAACCCCAGUUUUUAUAUUGCAAAACCUGCAAACGGAGCUCGACGAUUGGAUAUUAAUACGUAAAGAUCGAAAUACCCGCAAUUAUAUAAAUUUGAAUGUUAAGAAAAUUCAAGUUGAAUCUGAAAUGUACCCGAUUCCAUUGAAAA